UAUAACACAAUUUCCCAAGAGCCCACAACACUUUGAUUUCUCAGCAAAGAAAAAACCCAGAACUGCUCUCAUGGGAACAGUUUUGGACUCCCAUUUCUUGGCUCUCACGGCCAUUGUUACUGUGGCAUAUCAGUUGUUGUUCUUCGUGAUCACUGCGCUUCUUAAGUUUGAUAAAGUCACCGACUUUGCCGGAAGUACCAAUUUUGUUAUACUUGCAAUACUCACUCUAAUUGUCAAGGGUUCAUGGCAUUUCAGACAGGUAGUGUUGAGUUUGCUUGUGGUAAUAUGGGGUCUCCGUCUGGGACUGUUUCUCCUGAUGAGAAUAUUGCAAUGGGGGGAGGAUCGACGUUUUGAUGAAAUGCGAGCUAAUCUUGGAAAAUUGGCAGUAUUCUGGAUAUUUCAGGCUGUCUGGGUAUGGACUGUGAGUUUGCCUGUCACAGUGGUUAAUUCAAGCAACAAAACGCCAUCUAUUCAAGCUGCCGACUUUAUUGGAUGGAUUAUCUGGUCUGUAGGUUUUUUUAUUGAAGCUACAGCUGAUCAGCAAAGGUUGGUGUUCAAAAAUUCUCCUCAAAACAGGGGAAAGUGGUGCAAUGUUGGGCUUUGGAAAUACACUCGGCAUCCAAAUUAUUUUGGGGAGAUAUUUCUUUGGUGGGGAGUAUUUGUGGCUUCCACUCCUGUAUUGGAUGGUGCAGAGUGGUUGGUAAUUCUUGGGCCAAUCUUUCUAACCUUGCUGCUUCUUUUCCUCAGUGGCAUACCACUGCUUGAGGCAUCUGCAGAUAAGAAGUUUGGAAAUGUGGAUGCAUAUAGGCUCUAUAAACGAUCGACCAGCCCUCUAGUUCCGCUACCUCCAGUCCUGUACAAGAACUUGCCCUUGUGGUUCAAAGCAACUUUUCUCUUUGAGUUUCCCCUGUAUAAUCGUAAUCUCCCACAAGAACCAUUGAACUGGUGUAGAACAAACCCUGUAGAAAGAAGCGAUGAAUUGAAGAUUGGUUAGGAACUUAGGAAUCAAGAUGAUUCUUUUGGAAUACCUUGAAUUCCCAACAAUUGUUGUACUCUUUUCGUUUGUUCUUCUGCGAGGAAACUGAUCAGACUACAUUCCCAACAGUUGUAUUUUGACUAUUCAUAACUUCAAUAGUAACUAUG